AUGAUUAUUUUUGCAAUCAACCUAACGAUUGGUAUCUACGUUUGUCUUCUUACUUCCGCUAUCGACAUCUCUGCAGAUGUUGCUUUGAAUGCCACCGAAUCAGUCAUUAAAGUUGCUAAUGAUACCAUUAUCUCCUUAGCUGAUGAUCUAGAAGACGGUUUAAGUGAAAUCUCAACAAUUUCCAAUAAAAUCAUAAGUGCUGUGGAUGAUACAGUUAGUACUGUUGAAGAUAUAUUUGGAAGUGAUGAUAACGGCAAUGAUAAGAAACUUCAACACAGGAUUGGGAAGGGCAAGAUCAAUGAAACAGCCAACAGCAAAGAAUUCAAAUCCGGAGACUUGUAUGUUCCAGAUACAAAGACCGUUACAUUUUGCAGAUCUUCUAACGAGAUCGAGGAGUUUUACGACGAAGCAGGCAAGAUUAUUUAUAGAAUCUCUAUGAUCCUUGUUGCAGUCCUUAUUUUGGCCAUGAUAGCCAUGAUGAUUUAUGAGUCCUGGUGUGAAUAUAGGAACUGGUCAAGAAUAAAACAUGCAGCAGGAGAUUUGCAAAACUUGGGACCAGAGUCUUCAGAGAAUAUUCAAAGGAAUAUUGAAGUAUUAGACUCUUUCCAGAACAGAAGUGCUAACAUGGUGAGCAGUAUCCUGGGUAGACUGGCCUCUUUAAAUAAUCCUAUUGCACAAAACAGAUUGAGGUGGAUGGUUAAUUAUGGCCUUUCUCCUUAUGCUUUACCAGUACUUCUUCUUGGACUUGUUGGCUUAAUAUCAUUUGGAUUCCAGAGUGCUAUUCUUCACUCACUUUCCACUGUAGACACCAAAAAUGUGGAGGAGUUCAUUCAAAGUGCUAGCAAUAAGGUGUCACAAGAUAUAAAUGGCUCUGUAGAGGAUUGGUGUUCACAUACAAACAAAUACAUUCUUGCUUAUCAAGACGAUUUGAAUGACAAUAUGCUUGGAUGGGUUAGAAGCACUACAGAAUCUGUUAAUGAUACAGUCAAUGAGUUCACUGAGGAGAUGAAUGAAAGAUUGAAGGAUAUAUUUGGUGAUACACCUCUUUAUCAACCUAUUCAAAGUGUUGUCGGUUGCGUUUUGACAACAAGAUUAAUGCAGAUAACCAAAGCAAUGGAAUGGGUUCAUGAAAAGGCAGAUGUCAGCCUUCCUAAGAUAAAUUCUACUGAAUUUUUGGACCAGGCAUUCCGAGGUGAUGAUGUUCAAAAUAGCUCUAAAGUGAUGGACCAAUUGAAGUCUGUCAAGAAUGAUAUGAAAUCUAUGAUCAAAUCGAUAGUCAAAGGAUACAGAAAAACAUUAUUGAUUGAAUUGUACAUUUCCUUAGGAUUGGUAGGACUAUGGAUAUGCAUCAUGGUCCUGGGUGGGGUCAUAUUGGUGGCCAGAGAACACACAAUCAAAAAGAGUACGCAGGAAACGGGGAUGUUUGCUCCUGUAACCCGAAUACCAAGCUUUGUAACGCAAUCGGGGGAAAUAAUUGACUCCUUUGGAACCAAUCAGUCCAUUAAAGGAUUUCAAGAAAAGACAUUGCCUAAACAGGAAGCCGAGAAGGAGUAUUUCUCUGAUAAGGGUGUAAUCAACAAGGCACUUUCCAAACUUCUCAGAAGACUGAACGGAAACUCAGCAGACUCAAUUCCUGAUGUUCACCGACCCAAUAUUCAUGCCACGGAUUCUACAUUGUCGGGAAGUUUCACUGAUUUUACAGACUCGUUUACGGAUCCCGGAAUGUCUACAGCUUAUAAAUGGAAGCUAUGA